UUUUGCAACCACGAAUCCAAAUAGCGAAAUGCGCGACCGGAAACGUUGGGGUCGUGAAGUUUCGCCGCUAGGCCAGGCCUUCAAUCCUGCUGUGCAACCUCCCACCGAAGAGUUCAAUCAACCCGGAGAGUUCCUGAAGUUUCUUCGUGACGUCGAACAAGCCGCUGGUGAUGGUCAUAAUCUUGCCGACGAUCCGGAUGAUGAAGAUCGAGUCGCUUCCGGCUAUGCCUAUGGAAGCAUUGAAGUUUGGCAACUACGGCCCACCAAUCAAUGCGACUGCUGCGCAACGACGGUUCGUCGUGCAUGAGGGUACUCAUCCCUUGGAUCUAUUUGUACCUGCCAUCAAUGCGUGCACUGUUCGUCAGCCACGGUUCAUUCACACUGACGUCACCCGCCAGGACUCCGUUUUACUUUUUGUAGACGGUGCAGCUGUGAACGAAAACACUCCAAAUGUGAGGGCGGGGUGUGGCGUGUACGUUCAACCCGGGACGGAGGGGUUUUCCGUACCGUUGGAAAAUGUUCCAGGCCACGCGCGCACAAGAAACCGGGCUGAGCUGCGGGCUGCGAUUGUGGCUCUGAGGGCACGGGUAUGGCCCGGCGAAGGGUUCAUGCGCAUUGUCAUCAGUACUCACGCAGAAUACGUCGUCAACGGCGUGUGCAAGUGGGUACCUUCAUGGAAACAGAGAGGGUGGAAGACAAGUCGUGGGGAGGCGGUCAAGAAUCGUGACCUGUGGGAAAUGUUACUCACGGACAUUGAAAAAUGGGAGGCAAUGGGGAUAAGAGUGCAGUUCUAUCUGCUGAAAAAGGAGUGGAAUACUAAAGCGAGAGGUGUUUCAAGUUCCAACUUCGUUUUCAGAUACGGUGUAUAUUCCUGUGGUGUAGGUUUUUCUCCUGUUUUUGGGCUUUUUAGCCUUUGAAAUGAUAAAAAUUGAACGGGACCCACGGUUCUUCUUUGAUGGUGGCUGCGAACUACUAGUGCUAAAUGACUAAUAGGAAGUAACACAUGUUUACUUCUGGAGAGUUGGGCAAGCAAGACAAGAUUUGGGCCUUGCGUGUGCCCUUGAGAAAGCCCGAGACGAUAAACUGGUCAGCAUUAGUGUUGAACUAUUCGAUAGUUUCUGUGCUGCGGGGAGUGUCACGCUGAGUAUUGCUAAUGGAUUAGAUUUCCC